AUCGACUCAAAGUCUCAAACGUAAGAAAUUCUCAAAGAUAUUGUCUUACGUCCAGUGGGGCAAGUGCCAGGUCGACUCAAAGUCUCCAACGUAAGAAAUUCUCAAAGAAAUUGUCUUGCGCCCCAACACCGCUUCGUAGUCUGUCUCAAAGACUUGAUUGA